AUGCCUCUACAAUUUAUUGUAAGUCAAAAAGGCAACAAGUUAUUAUUGCAUAACGGAUACCUGCAUACGUUCUAUAAAGAAGGUGUGAACAAAUUUAUUUGGCGUUGUUCCGAGUACAAAACCUAUAAAUGUACUUCAUGCUAUACAACCACUCGAGAAGAAAUAGGGGAUAUAAUAAAAGAAUCUGUUCAUUAUUCACACGCACCAGAUAUUGCUAAAGUAAAAAUUAAAGAAAUUAUUACAAAUAUAAAAGAAGAAGCAAAAACAUCUGUAUUAACUCCCAGAAAUUUAGUAAGUCGUGCAGUUGAAAUUCUGCCGACAUCUAUAAUUGGUCAAUUACCGAACAUAGAAAAAAUGUCUAAAACAAUUCGACGAGAAAGGAUUAAACAACAAAAACCUCCAGCUAAUCCAGUAAAUGUUGGUGAAUUAAUAAUUUCUGGUGAAUAUUCUGUAACAAACAAAGGUGAAAUGUUUUUAUUUUACGAUAAUAAAAUUCAAAAGCGUAUAUUAAUAUUUUCCACUUUAGAAAAUUUAAAUAUGUUAAAAGAAUGCUCGAGUUGGUUUGGUGAUGGCACAUUUCGUUCAGUGCCAACAUUUUUUUCACAACUUUACACUAUACAUGGUACAAAAAAUAAACAAAGUUUUCCUCUGGUUUAUAUAUUAAUGGUAGAUCGUUCUAAAGAUUCAUAUAUUGAAGUUCUGAAAGCGUUAAAAUCUGCAGUUUCCAGUUUAACGCCACAACGAAUUAUGGUUGAUUUUGAAAUGGCCUUCAUAUCAGCUUAUAAAGAUGAAUUUCCUACAACAGAAAUUAAAGGUUGUUUUUUCCAUUUUCAACAAUGUUUAUGGCGGAAAAUUCAAAGUUGUGGUUUACAACAAACGUAUGGUGAUGACGUAGAAUUUGCUAUGCAAAUACGAUCGUUGAGUGCUUUGGCGUUUAUUCCAACAAUUAAUGUUAUUCGAACUUUCGAAGAACUUUUAGAUUCAACUUAUUUUUUGGAAAAUGAUGAAUUAUUAUCUCCAAUAAUCAAUUAUUUUGAAGAUACAUGGAUAGGGAGACCAAAUCGUAACAACCGGAGACGCUCGCCCCAGUUUGAUUUUUGUAUGUGGAACUGUUAUGAUUCAGUACUUAAACAUCAAUCACGGACCAAUAACGCUGUUGAAGGUUGGCAUCAUGCGUUUAACCGUGCACUUGCAGCAAAUCAUGUCACGAUUUGGAAAUUUAUAAAUUUUCUUAAACAAGAACAGUCAUUACAAGAGGUCAAAAUGGAACAAUCUUUGUCGGGUGAACCAAGUCCGAAAAAAAGAAAAAAGUACAAUGAUUAUGAUGAACGACUGUUUAAAAUCGUAAGUCAAUACAACGAAAUGACCCCAAUGAAUUAUUUAAGGGGAAUUGCCCACAAUCUUAAAUUUUAA